CCACCAUGUGGUCCAACAUCAGUGCUGGCCCUUUUCUACUGACUGGCUUCCCAGGUCUGGAGAUAUUUCAUCCUUGGAUUUCCAUCGCCUUCUUUGUUAUCUAUAUCUCCAUACUCCUUGGCAAUGGCACCCUCCUCUUUCUUAUCAGAGAAGACCACACUCUUCAUGAGCCUAUGUACUACUUUCUGGCUCUACUGGGGGCCACAGACCUUGGUGUGACUUUGACAACAAUGCCCACUGUGCUUGGUGUUCUGUGGCUGGAUCACAGGGCAAUCAGCCAUGGAGCCUGCUACUUCCAGGCCUAUCUAAUCCAUUCACUGUCAAUCGUGGAGUCUGGAGUCUUGCUCAUCAUGGCCUAUGAUCGUUUCAUUGCUAUCCGCAAUCCCCUAAGAUACACCUCCAUUCUCACCAAUGCUAAGGUGGUGAAGAUAGGUCUGGGGGUUCUAAUGAGAGGAUUUAUACUUAUUGUGCCCAUAAUCAUCACCCUCUCUAGAUUCCCCUACUGCAGAUCUCAUGUCCUCUCCCAUGCCUUCUGCUUGCACCAAGAUGUGAUCAAACUAGCCUGUGCUGACAUCACCUUCAAUAGACUCUAUCCUAUAGCCCUGGUCUCAUUAACUGGCUUCUUGGACUCCAUGCUUAUCCUUAUCUCUUAUAUCCUUAUCCUUAAGACUGUUAUGGGAAUUGCUUCACAUAAGGAGCAGACAAAGGCUCUAAACACUUGUGUUUCCCAUAUUAGCUGUGUUCUGGUUUUUUAUGUCACUGUGACUGGGCUAACUCUCAUUCAUCGCUUUGGAAAAUACGUGCCACAUGUAGUGCAUAUUAUCAUGAGCUAUGUCUACUUUCUCUUUCCUCCAUUUAUGAAUCCAAUAAUCUAUAGCAUUAAGACCAAGCAGAUCCAGAAUGGUAUCAAUCGCCUUCUCUCUUUCCAUAGAACUUUACCCUGAUCUCUUUACUCAGGAGGUUCUCCCCACUGAAAAAUGAGUUUCUUGGUAGAUUUAACUAUAUGGUGCCAAUGUGUCUUAGAAUCAAAAGAACUGUCAUUCCCAUUAUUUUAAAGAUGCAGGGCUAUUGCUCUGAUUUUUAGUCCCUUGCCUUAUCACAUCACCAAUUACUUUGACCUUAGUUCUUUUGCACUGCUUGGUAGAUUGAUUUGUUUCUUUCUGUCAUUUUCUACUCUGGUAGAAUCACAUAGCUUAAUGGUUACCAAUGAUACUUUAAGUUAUUACAAAGUCUAUCUAAAGAAAUGAGAAUGAAAUAACUUGAGAGAGUUCCUAGCACUGUAUGGAAAACAGUGUAAAUAUUUCCUCUGUGCUUUUCAGUGUAUCAGAGUGAUGAAGUGUUUUACACAAUAACCCCUGGUACUUCAUGACAUUAGAGUGGAUCAGAAAUAGAAGAGAGUAAGGUAUUCAGAGGAAGAGAGGUCAUGCUGCCAUGAGAUGCCAGUGUGAUUAGAUGCCCACCAAGGAUUAGUGAAAAGACUUUGAGUUGAUAACAUCUAGUGUCUUCCAACUAAUGAGAUGAAGACUCCAAAUCACCUAUAAUAAAGUCCCAUGUCUUGCACAUGUGAAAUUUUGUUUUGUGUUCUGCAAUUCAUAACCUCUACAUAUGCUUAAUAAAACAGAGAUAUGUUAUAAAACAUAAUAAUAUUUGCAGAGGCAACAUUUUAUCUUUUUUCCCCUAGAACAAGGGUUUGGUAAAAAACUACCUUCAAGAAAUAGUAUAAUUUUAUAGUUUUGAAAUACAUAAGGUAUUUAAGGAAAGGUAAUUUAGAGCCUGUCAUGCAUUUUAUUCCUUGUAGAAGUCAACAUGACCAGCAUCUGUACAUCAGCCAUACAUGAAGAAAAGUUAUGUUUUAUUCAUAAAGAAGUAAGAAGGGUUAGGGAAAAUUUUGCACUUUAAGCAAAAUUAUAGAAAAUGUGUUAACAAAUGAAAUGUCAAUACAUUCAA